CCUAUACUGUGUAACCACGGUGACGCCACGCGAGCACCGUCGAAAUUCACAUCCUGUUGUAGAUCCACUCACCUCUUGGUGAUUUUUUAAAAGAAGCCAAAUGAAUAUAGAUGAUAUAUUCGAUGAAUGUCAAACCAAGAAGUGGGAGUCGUUAAAUAUCAGUCACCGCGGUUUAGUUUUAUUGCCAGCGCGCAUUUCAGAGCUCAUAACUUUAAAGAAAUUAUUCCUGAACGACAACCAGCUUAUUUUACCCCCCGAAGAGAUUCUGCACCUUGAUCAGCUUGAAGAACUCAUCCUGGAUCAAAACCAGCUGACUGUGCUUCCUAAUAACAUCAGCUCCCUGAAACACCUGACAUACCUGGGAGUGAACCACAACCCUCUCUCCGUCCUUCCCGAGGCUUUGGGAGAACUUCGAGAACUUAGAGAGCUCUGGGCCAUAAACUGCGGACUCAUUUCCGUCCCACCAUCUAUUGGCAAACUCGGCAAGUUGCAAAAACUUGGUCUGAGUAGCAAUUCCAUCACGACUUUGCCACCACAAUUUGGGAGCCUCAGUAGUCUGCAGUGGUUGAACUUGGCUGAUAAUAAAAUGGAGGAUGUACCAGAGGAUUUGAAAAACUUACACUCGCUAGUCUUCAUUAACUUGAAUAAGAACAACUUCAAAAAGAUUCCAAAGGCACUCACAGAAAUGCCAAGUCUUCAAGUUCUUCUUAUUAACUUCAACAGUAUUACCUCACUGGAGGAUGAUUUAGUCUUAGUUUUCAGCAGACUUAUAAAACUUGACCUCAGGCAAAACCCAUUAAUGCUCAGACCACAUCACUGGAAGGGUCUAGAUUUUAUAUUGCUAGGCAGCACAGACACUGCCAUGGAUGAUAUAUGAUAAAUACACAAUAAAUCUGAAUUGUUCAGUGUUUGGUUUUCACAGGAGUGGUUAUCGUGGUUAUAACAGAAGGAACUAAAGUGAAAGAUAUAUAAUAAACACACAAUAGAGUAUCUUUGAUUGGUCUGGCAGGCUUAAAUCUUGAACGAAGAAUAUAUUCAUCUUAUCAGUAUGCUCACUGAGAACAUUGAGAACAGGUUAAAAUAUUGCAUUUAACAGAACUAGGUGUUGUUUUCCUAGUAAAAUAUAAUGUGGGAAACUAUAAUUGAAGUUUAGAAAGUGAAGCAUUACAUUUUUAGAUAUUAAACCGUGUCAGUAGGCAGUAGAUGGUGCUGUAGUGUAGGUCAUGACAAUAUGAUAGACUCAAAACAUUACAUCUAAAUAGGAUAAGCGGUAUAGAAGAUGGAUGGAUGGAACGAUUACAUCUAAAUGUUAAAAGUGAUGAGCAGAUUGAAGUGCCUGUACCUGUUCUCAUUAAGCAGCCUUUUCUUCAAAAAGGAAAAUCACAUUGAAAAUACCUUCACUGUGAAGGUGCUGUCACAGGAGUAGUCGCUAGCAUGCAGCACUAGAAUGCAUGCACAAGCUAGUGUUCUCCUUUCUCCAAACAUAACGCUUCUCAUUUAAAAGAUUCUCAAUAAAAGUUAUAUUUUGGUCUCAUCCAUCCACAAAACAUUUUUCCAAAAGCCAUCUGGCUUGUCCACGUGAUCUUUAGAAAUGCAGACGGGCAGGCCUUGGGUUAGUCUUGCCUAGUCUUGCUCUUGUUGUGAUCCUUGUUGAUCGACCACUCCUGAAGAGGGUAACAAUGGUCUUAACUUUCCUCCAUUUGUACACAGUCUGUCUGACUGUGGAUUGGUGGAGUCCUAACUCUUUAGAGAUGAUUUUCUAACCUUUUCUAGCCUGAUGAGCAUUAACAACUAUUUUUCUGAGGUCCUCAGAAAUUACCAUUGUUUGUUCCAGGAUACUGUUCCACAAACAUGUGUCAGAUCAGACUUUGACAGAUCCUUGUUCUUUAAAUAAAAGAGUGCUCACUCACACCUGAUUGUCAUCCCACUGAUUUAAAACACCUGACUCUAAUUUCACCUUCAAAUUAACUGCUAAUCUUAGAGGUUCACAUACUUUUGCCACUCACAGAUAUGUAAUAUUGGAUUAUUUCCCUCUAUAAAUAAAUGACCAAGUAUAAUAUUUUUGUCUCAUUUGUUUAAUUGGGUUCUCUUUGUCCACUUUUAGGACUUGUAUGAAAAUCUGAUUAUGUUUUAUGUCAUAUUUAUGCAGGUAUAUAGAAAAAGGGUUCACAAACUUUCAAACACAACUGUACAUGUCUAUCUGUACAAAUACAUGCAUGACAAAUAGAUUUAAUUCUGCCAUUAUAUUGAAGGAUUUCUGACACGUAUUAUAUUUAAUU